AGCAGUCAAGAGCAAGUAACUUAGAGAUUUAGGGUUUUAUUGGGUUCUUGUCUGAAUUUUUCAUCGUUUUUCACUGGCUUUUUAAGAAUUUGAAGUAAGUUUUGGAUCGCUCCCCCCACUCGUCCUCUUAAUAUCGCUCUUCCGAUCAUUUUCCGGUCUGUUUCUGGCGUUAUUUGGGCUAAAAGCUUGGAUUUCAUGGCAAGAAAUCCAUUUAUUUUUUCGGCGUUGGGCUGGAAAACUGGUCGGAAUUUUUAAAAUUUUUGUGAAGAGGCCUAAGUUUUCGGGUUUUCAUGCUUCCGUUUUGCGUCUUUUUCCUCUGAUAUCGCUUAUCCGGCGCUAAAUAUAAUUUGGUUGAAACGUGUUUGGAUUUUCUGGCGAUAAGUCGGUCGCUUUUCCUGGUGGGAAUCAUUAAAGUUAUUUCAAAAAAAGGCCGGAGUUUUGAUAUCCGUUGAAAAUUUCAAGGAAAAAACCUGAGGUUGAAGAGCUUUGAAAUUGAUAAAUUUCCCGCAAUUUUAGGAAGAAAAGUGGCUUAAAAUAGGAGCUUUAUAAACUCGAAGAAAAUUUUGUCUGAGAAUUUUCAGGCGUUCGAUUUCUAGGGCUAUAUUUACUGAACAAAAUGGCCGGAAGCUCCAUUUUUGAGGGCCAUUGAGAUAGAAUUUAUCUGGAAAAUUGACCGGAAAAGCGAUUUAGGAUCUAGAAAAGUGGUGAAGCUUCUGGUGUAGAAAUUAUUAGAUUUACGGCCUGUUUUUCAAAAGAAAUUCAUUCGAAAAUUAAUUUUUUUCUCUCUACAAGUUUAAGGAUAAGAGGCUCUCUAGAGACGCAGAGAAACUUUUGUAAGAAAAGUUUGGUGAAAAACUGAUUUUCUGAAGAUUUCACCUGGCCAAGAAAAGCAAACAUUUAUAGAGGGAACUGCUGGUGAGCUUUUGUUUUCAAUAACCGGAAAAAUCAGUUAGCAAAAGGGUUGUUAAGAAACUCAAAAUUUUGGAGGAAGAUUUGGAAUUUUUGGAAGCUCUGGUUUUUGAAAAAGAUUUGAUGCCAAAUUCUGAUUGCUGCAUUUGUUCAAGUUUUUUCUCUAAUUUAAUCAUUUGAUUGUAACCUGUUAUAGGUUCCAAACUUUUACUCUAUGGAGGAAAGCUGUAUUAAACACAUGUAAUAAACAGAGGAAGUUGCAGUCUUUCCAUUGAAUUCAAAAAAUUUGUGCAAACACUUAGGAAGUUAAUUGUUUGUUCAAGUAGUAAUUCUGAGACAAAAUAUUGUUGGAAUUGAUUUUUGAUUUUGGGAUCCACAAACUCGACGUGAAGAAGGUUAAGGGCACUGUGUUAUAGCUAGACAAUGGCUCAAACUGAGAACAUAUGGAGGAGAUCCAGAGAUUUUGCAGUGAUUCUUUUUGGGUUUCUGUUAGCUUCCGUAUUUGUGUCAGCUGAACGGAAUCUGGUACUCAGAAGCCCUGAAAAAGAAGAAAUGCAUGGUAAUUUUGCUCUGAAACUUGUCAAUUUCUUAUGGCAACCGAACCAGUCGAAUUACGAGCAUGUUUGGCCUGAGAUGGAGUUUGGGUGGAGAAUUGUUCUGGGUACUAUUAUUGGAUUCUUUGGAGCUGCAUUUGGGAGUGUUGGAGGUGUUGGUGGAGGAGGAAUAUUUGUUCCCAUGCUGACCUUGAUAAUCGGCUUUGACCCAAAAUCUUCAACAGCUAUAUCAAAAUGUAUGAUCAUGGGUGCAGCUGGAUCAACUGUUUAUUACAAUCUUAAGCUCAGACACCCCACAUUAGACUUACCCAUUAUUGACUAUGACUUGGCUUUGCUUUUCCAGCCAAUGCUAAUGUUGGGAAUUAGCAUUGGAGUAACCUUCAAUGUGAUUUUUGCGGACUGGAUGGUCACUGUUCUCCUAAUCAUUCUUUUCAUUGGAACAUCAACAAAAGCUUUCAUGAAAGGUGUCGAAACAUGGAAGAAAGAGACCAUACUUAAGGAGGAAGCAGCCAAACGUCUGGAGGGUUAUGAAUCGAAUGGAGGUGAGGAAGUAGAGUACACGCCUCUUCCAAGUGGUCCUGGCAAUGGCAGUGCACAAUCCAAAGCCUCAAGAGAUGCAGAGGUAUCUGUAAUUGAGAAUGUUUACUGGAAGGAACUCAGCCUCCUGGUCUCUGUCUGGGUUGCCUUCCUUGUCUUGCAACUUAUGAAGACUAAUACUACAACUUGCUCGGUAGAGUACUGGGUUUUGAACUUGUUACAGGUCCCUGUUGCUGUGGGUGUGAGUUUGUAUGAGGCCGUUAGCUUAUACAAAGGAUGGAGAGUGAUUGCUUCAAAGGGAAAUGCCGGGACAAACUGGAAAAUCCGCCAGCUGGUUCUUUACUGCUUCUGUGGAAUACUAGCUGGUAUGGUUGGUGGGCUUCUUGGGCUUGGAGGAGGCUUCAUAUUGGGGCCACUUUUCUUGGAGUUAGGCAUCCCACCUCAGGUUUCUAGUGCCACUGCAACCUUUGCGAUGACAUUCUCCUCGUCCAUGUCAGUUGUUGAAUAUUACCUUCUAAAGCGGUUUCCUGUCCCUUAUGCUGUCUACUUUGCUCUUGUGGCUAGUGGUGCUGCCUUGGUGGGUCAGCAUGUUGUGAGGAAGAUAAUUAUUUUGUUAGGGAGGGCUUCCUUGAUUAUAUUCAUUCUCGCAUUUACGAUAUUUGUGAGUGCAAUCACACUAGGUGGAGUUGGCAUCUCAAACAUGAUACACAAGAUUCAGAACAGGGAGUACAUGGGAUUUGAGAACCUCUGCUCUUAUGAUCCAUAGCAUGGAUCAGAUGGGGGAGGGGGGGAAAGGGGGGGAGAGAGAGAUUCUUGUAAAUUCAAUUAACCUUUUUUGCAUCCAAUUAUAAUGUUUCUGUCUCAA